AUGCAUAUCGCAUUCCUGACCAACCCGGCCUCGGGCGAGGUCAACGUCCAGCUUGCCACGGCGCAGGAACUCGUGGACCAGGGCCAUUCCGUGACGUUUCUCUCUACGGCGGCAUGCAGCAGCAAGGUCUCUCGCUUCCGCGUGGCCCAGCUGCCGUGCAACCAGCAUCGUAUCCACUUCAUCAGCCUGGGCUCCAACCAGGCCCUGAACGACUUCACACGGACGGCCCAGUCGCGCAUGCACCUGAUGCGCAGGGUCCCUGGCGACCCUAUCAGUCUGCAGACCUGUACUGAUGCCUCUGUUGGGCCAGCGGAGGACCAUGCUGCCAUGGCGUUGCGCGUUCGCGAUCACCUUAACGAGCUUGAUCCGGAUAUGAUCUGCGUGGAUGCGCUCACCUCGUCCGUCAUCACCGGUGUGCGGCUCACCAAGCGCGAGUUUAUACUGACGGUGCCCUGCUCACCUGGAAUGACUGCGCUGCGUAGUGCGUUCCAGCCGCAUAUGGUAGCAGCAAACCGGCGGGGGUCAUGGGGGACCUUCUUCGAGAAUAUGUACCUCAACCUCCACGAAGUCAUUCACAGCCGACGCCACCCCUACCGCCGCGAACAACGCAAAGUCAUAAAACGCCUGGGACUACAGUCGUAUGGCACCGCUCGCGACUCGGCCUGCAUGGGGCCCAACUGGCAGGACGAGAACUGCGUCGCCGGCAUCCACUUCAACACCCCGGGCCUCAUCGAUUGCCCCAAGCAGUCGCCCAAGAUGGUCUUUGUCGGCGCAGGCGUCGCAGCCGAGCACUCGCCCUCACCCUUUACACCACCGCCGACAAUGCCGCCUACGCCGUCUAUGGAUCCGAUUGGGGCAUUCCCUGAGCUGGCCUGGAUGGACGAGGCAGCAGCGCGGGGGGAGGACGUGGUAUAUAUGAACAUGGGCUCCAUGUUCCUGUGGCGGCCAGACGAGUUCGACGCAUGCAUCGAGGGCUUCAAGGCCGCGCACAGAAGACUAAACGGGCGAGUGCGGUUCUUGUUCAAAAUCAACCGGGCGCCGCAGUCUCGCUCAAGCACAUCAAACACAACCCCCGAAAAAGAGAAAGAGAACAUAGCAGAAAGAGAACUGUCAAUUGAAGACCUCGACCUCACCCUCCCCCCCUUCAUCCGCCUCACUCACUGGAUCUCAAACCAAACCGCCGUCUACACCCACCGCGCCCUCAAAGCCUUCAUCCACCACGGCGGCGGCAACUCCUUCAACGAGGCCGUGCAUUUCGCCGUGCCCCAGCUGGUUCUCAGCCAGUGGCUGGACACACACGAGUACGCGAGCUACGCGCACAGAUUCGGGCUCGGCCUGCGCAGCGAGCAUCCACCCUCUAUACAGGCAUGUGAUGUCGAGGCCAAGAUCCUGGAACUGCUGGGCCCGCGGUGGGCUGAGUUCAAGGCGACUUGUCAAUCGUGGGCGCUGCGGAGCGAGCUAGGUGGUGGGCCAGCUGCGGCAGCCAGGAUUGUGCUAUUUCAUGCCCAGCUCUGCGCUGCUGAAGCUGGGGCGAGGCGGAAAGAGUCCGGGGAUGGGUCUGGGUCUGGGUCUGAGUCUUCUACGGAGACGGAGUUGACGCCCCCGCUGUCCCCUGAGCAGGUCUCUGGGUUUGAGAAGGAUGUUAAGGAGAUUGCUAUUUCGUAA